AUGGGGAAAUUAGUCGCUAAACGAUUAGGGUUUUUGGGUUUGAUGCUUGUGGUGCUCAUCAUUGGAGUUGCGGAAUGUAGGAGACUUGAGAAAGAGACUUUGGGAGGCGGUGGUUUAGGAGGAGGAGCCGGUGGUGGAGGAGGAUUUGGUGGUGGUGCUGGUGGAGGUCACGGUGGUGGUCUAGGCGGAGGCCAUGGCGGUGGUGCUGGUGGAGGCAAAGGUGGUGGAGGAGGAUUCGGCGGUGGUGCUGGUGGAGGAGGAGGUCACGGUGGUGGUGCUGGAGGCGGAUUAGGCGGUGGAGCUGGAGGAGGCCAUGGUGGAGGUGCCGGAGGAGGUUUCGGCGGUGGUGCUGGAGGGGGUCACGGUGGUGGUGCUGGAGGAGGAUUUGGUGGUGGUGCAGGUGGAGGAGGAGGCCAUGGUGGAGGUGCCGGAGGAGGUCACGGUGGUGGUGCUGGAGGAGGAUUUGGUGGUGGAGCUGGAGGGGGAGGAGGCCACGGUGGUGGAGCCGGUGGAGGAUUUGGUGGGGGAGCUGGAGGGGGAGGAGGCCACGGUGGUGGAGCCGGUGGAGGAUUUGGUGGGGGAGCUGGAGGAGGUGGAGGUCAUGGUGGAGGUUUUGGUGGGGGUGCUGGUGGAGGCUUUGGAGGCGGUGCAGGUGGAGGAGGAGGCCGUGGUGGUGGUUUCGGCGGUGGUGCUAGUGGCCACCACGAGGGAGGCGUUGGCGGUGGAUUUUGA